AGUAUGACUUAGUUCUGAAGUUGAAAUAGUGGAAUAUCGACAUAUUAGGGAUGAAAAGUGUUCUUUGUGCUGUAGUGUGAAGUAGAUGUAACCCUAGAAUAAGAGCGUAACCUUGGAGCUGUCCAGAAAGAAUCAUCGUCUCUCUUUGUAUAUAACUGAGUCUUUUGUCAGUGUCUGCUUCUGAAAUUGCGUGCUAGUUUUGUCUAAGAACUGUAUUUUUAUAAGGAAAACUCACUCUAAAGCUUUUAUUUUUUCUUAAAAUAUCGUUUUGCUUUGAAUGCAGUGAUCAGUUUGCCAGAUUGACUGUAUGGAAUGCACAUUGAGAAAUCACUUCCAUAAUCUAGCUUAAAAUCCUAUGCACUUUUUAAUUGUUAGCUUUUUUUGCAUUACUUAGCUUGAUCUACUUCUUAAAUAAUUAAUGCAUUUUCAAAUCAGUAAGUAGUUUUAUCUAACUUUUUAGUGUAAUAGAUAUCCCGAAUUUUAAGAGAUUUCCAGAGAUUUUUAACAUUUUAUUUCUUAUCCAAAAAAUGAGGUUCUUAUCUCUGACCUGUGCAGAAUAGUAACCUGUCGUUCAGUUCUUCAGUAUGUGUACUUGAAUGUGUUUGUAUUUCAAUGCGUUUGUAGAAAUAAAUGAAUUAUAUUAGGGUAUUAUGAAUAUUCUUUCACUAGUUAAUCAGUGAAUGUUGGCUAACAAAGGUAGAGAACAGUUCAAAUGGAAAGCAGAAAGUAAAGCACAGGAACCAUUACUUUUCUUUAAUGAAGUGUUGUUUGUAAUGUUCAAUUAUUUAAUGGCACUGAAAUUCUAAGCAGGAGAAGGCAAGUGGAAAAAAUAUUUUUUGUAGAGAGAUCAGAUGUGAAAGUUCAGCUUGUUUGCUUUUUGUGUUGAUGAUGAUACUCUCACCUUUUCUACAGAAUUAAAUGGGUAAAAUUUUUUGAGCAGUGUAACAUGGGCAUCAUAUAUGCUAUUACUUGCUUGUUGUGAAGGUAUACAAUUUUGAGCUUUAGAGAAGAGUUAAUGUAAGAGAGUAUCAGAUAGGUAUGCGAUACCAACCUAAAUUCUGUUCCAGUCAGUAUCCAUCUGUACCAGGGUGAUGUCUGAAAACAUAAUCUUCAUGUAUUCCACAUUACAAUGCUGCUAUUCAGUCUUUGUUUUCUAAGCCUGAAUCCAACAUACAUCUAUUUAUGACCUUGAAGCUUAACUGACUGGGAAGCAGCUACUGGCUUGAAGUCAGCUGAAGGACAUUGGUCUAAGCUUGUCAGAAGCAGAAAACCCCUGUAGGAGAUCCAAAUCCUUAUGGACAGGCUACUGGAGGAUGGUCCAAGCCAAGCUAUAAAAUUUCAGGUGGCACUACAGAGCUUUUUGAUAACUACAUGCAGCAGGAUGCCCAUGAGUUCUUAAACUACCUAUUAAAUACAAUUGCGGAUAUAUUGCAAGAGGAAAGAAAACAAGAGAAGCAAAAUGGUCGCUUACCCAAUGGCAAUAUUGAUAAUGAAAAUAACAGCCCACCAGACCCAACGUGGGUUCAUGAAAUUUUUCAGGGAACAUUAACAAAUGAAACCAGAUGUCUUACGUGUGAAACUAUAAGCAGCAAAGAUGAAGACUUCUUAGAUCUGUCUGUUGAUGUAGAACAAAAUACUUCAAUUACUCAUUGCUUGAGGGGUUUCAGCAAUACAGAAACUCUGUGUAGUGAAUACAAAUAUUACUGCGAAGAAUGUCGCAGUAAGCAAGAAGCACAUAAAAGGAUGAAAGUGAAAAAGCUGCCUAUGAUUCUAGCUCUCCAUUUGAAGAGAUUUAAAUACAUGGAUCAGCUGCACAGAUAUACGAAACUCUCUUAUAGAGUAGUUUUUCCUUUAGAGCUUCGUUUAUUUAACACCUCAGGAGAUGCCACCAAUCCUGACAGAAUGUAUGACCUUGUUGCCGUGGUAGUUCAUUGCGGAAGUGGCCCUAACAGAGGACACUAUAUUGCAAUAGUGAAGAGUCACGAUUUUUGGUUGCUUUUUGAUGAUGAUAUUGUUGAGAAAAUUGAUGCACAAGCUAUUGAAGAAUUCUACGGGUUGACGUCAGACAUCUCAAAGAACUCUGAGUCUGGUUACAUUCUCUUCUAUCAGUCUCGGGAUUGAGGGGCUGCUGUACUGAAGAGAGAUUGUUACGCCUCACAUCUUCUCUAUCUUGGAUUGGAGCAAGCACUGAAAAAAAGGAAAGCUGGAAGCUCCAGGGGCAGUAGCACAGUUUGCACACGACUAAGCAAAGAAUUUGGGAUUUUUAAAACCUUUGUAUCACUUUCAUUUUAUUUGCUCAGGUGUCAUGCUGAUUACACAUAUCCACUGCAUCCCGUAAGCAAAAAGAGAUACCAGCCACUCUUGCAGGAGCUUUCUGUUAGGAAAUACUGUCUCCGUGGUCCUAAUUCAAAGCCUCUUAAUGUCACUGGAGAACCUUUCAUGGACUUCAGUGGAAUUUGAAUCAGAUUCUAACAGCGCUGCCAGAUUGGUGCAAUAGGAGCAUUAGCGAUCUCUAUUUUAUACAGACUUCACACGUAAGAAGUAAAGGACUCUUCGUAAACUUAAUUUCCUGUGCUUAAAUUUGAAAGAAUGAGGCUGGAAUGUUCACAUGUAAGCAAAAAGAUGUAUCUGGGCCCAAUUGCCUUCUUGAUGGUAGUAGUUUAACAGAAGACACAAACUAGUGUCAGGGAGGCAAGUAUGUUUUGCUUCUCUGAAGAAGCUUACGUUAUUUAUAAUGUAUGAUCGGGAACAAUCAGUCAAGAUUAUGGCUUUUAGUCUCCGUAUGGGGAAAGAUUUGGUUUGUAAUAGUAUAUUUUUUAUUUAUAAAUUAUUGUAACUUAGGAUCUUGUGUAUUGUCCUUUAUUCUAGCCAGUAUUGGGGAUUUUAUGUAUUAAUUUGAAUUAAAACGAAUUAUGUUUAAAUGUUUAGGAAAAGAGCUGAUAUAAAGUCUAAAAGCAAUGCCUACAAUGUCUUUAAAAACGAGUAACAUAGAGAGAUUUCCUUCUGGAGGAACUGGUAUCUAAGUGAAGUACUUUAUUUAAUUAAAUUAGAAUAUUAUCUUUCCAUUAACGUGUGAAAAAAGCGAUCGAAAUAAUACAUGGAAGACUUUUAAGAAUGCAUAUCAGAAGAAAAAGAUGGUGCAGUGGUGGUAUACCAGUCUUGAUAGUUCUUUAAUCGUUUGUUAAUGUCUUGCGCUCUAAGCAAAUUGGAACCAUUUUCAGAAUAUCAUUCCCUCUCCUAAAAAUGGAUCCACUUACACUACCAAUAACGUGGGUGACUAUCUCAAAAACCACUCAAGGUCUCAAGUACAAAUUGUGUCUAAGCAAUAAAAAGAAAUAGGCUUAGAAUUUCAUGAGAGUGGAGAUAUACUACAUUCCUUUAGAAGUAGUAUAAAGAAGAGAAUUUUUCACCUUUGGGGUGAAACGGACUGAUUUUACUUUGCUUUAGGUUUAUGAAAUAGCAUUAAGAAUUAAAUCUUGACAAAACACCUGAUCUGUAAUAAAUGUGAACUGCUGUGAUUUGACAUUCUUCCACUUAACAGUACUUUGUCUGACAGUAGCUGAAUGUAACUUCUGGAAAGUCAGGGGAUAUUCAUUCCAGAUGAUGGCAAUCAAGUCUCGAAUGUCCUUGUCACUCCUCUUCAGCUAGUGAUUUGUACUUUAUUGUAGUUUUCUAAGGUUAUUUUAUUGAUACUGUUGCAAACUCUAGAAAGAAUGUCUCCUGUCUGCUGCUAUAACUAUUUACUUACCUGUAUCUUUUAGCUCAGGAAAUGACUUCACCUAUUCACUCAGCUGAACAAAUCUUUAACAGGGUCACUGAAUAAAUUGGGCUAUUUAGCAACUGUCAUACUGUAACAAACUGCUUUUGUAACACUCAAAGUUUCUAAAGCCCUGGCGAGGCUAGGAUACUUUUAUAUAAAAUCAUUUAUAGCGAGCAAACUAUCGAAGUACCAGCAUUGUAAAGUAAAGCUUCAAUGUUGUGGGGGAUGCAGAAAAUAUGAUUGGAUUUUUCUUAAGGAAUUAAAAUAAUUUUAAAACCUUUUUUCAGCUUUCUGUGGGAAAAGGGCUAAAGGGUGAGGCAGUUGGUUAAUGGUGCACGUUAAAGGAUGAAGUCCUUUGCGUACUAAAGGUACAGUACUGUAAAAGAACUAAAGAACUGUCAUGUUACUUUUUUACUAAUUGAUAAAUGUUUGGUCCUUCUUUUUUUUUUUUUUUUUUUUUUGUGGUGUAGCUCAAAGCUGAGUCUGGUUGCGAAAUACUUUAUACCCUAACAAAAUGUCAAACACUUGUGUUUGAUUCACUGGUUUUACUGCUGCAACGUACUUUUGUAAGACAUCGACUUUUAUUUUGCGUAGGGUUUUUGAGAUAGUAUUCCAAAUUAUAUAUUUCACUUUGCUUUUUUUUUACAGCUGAAAUAAUUGUAAUUUCUCAAUUAAACUAUUAUCAGAAACUGCGACUUCAUUAGAAAAAGUAAAGAAGCAGGGAAGUGCAAAAUAUAAUUGUUGGUAUGUAAAGCAGUAUGGGAUUCUUUCUUGCCUGUAAUACAGUGGGGAGUUUGGGAAAGUUGUCAGUUGUUGUAAAUGGUGGAAAUGAUUUGCUCUGUAACUAUGUAAAAUGUUAACUGGGACUACAGUCCUCUAUUUUGUAUAUUGGAGCAAAAACUUCUAUUAAAUAAAGUAUGUUCUCUAAAGGUAAGUACUGCACCCUUUGCAGAGCCCUCACGGUCCGUGUGCUGUCUUCUGUGCUCUUCAGUGUUUUCAGACCUUAAGUAUCUAGAGUGUCCUGUGCUAGGCUGACGGCCCUGAGCUGUGGAAGGAGAAUGCGUUUAAGUACGGAAUGUUUUGAAAUACUGUUCUUCUUGACUUCCAUUUCCUCUAAAAAGCAGAACCUUUGUAUAAAAGUAUUCAUCCAGGUUACCUAAAGGAUUGCCACUUUGGGAGGGGAAGCAGAAGGAAUGAAAAAUCAGAGUAUUUACAGAGCUAGCAUAAGAGAGAAGUGACUGACCAAAGAACUGGAGUCCAACAUCAGAAGGAACAGAGAUGCAGCUGAUGACUAAAUCCAUUGUGAUUUGGUUUCGAGUCAUCCUCCACUUGGACUAUAUUCUACUGUUUGUAAUGAAUAAUGUACUAUUUACAAACAGAUUGUACCCUGCUGCAUUUGAAGUUGUGAUGACCACAUCCAUGGCCUUUCACUGUAUGGAAUAGGGACUUAAUCAUUCGUACAUGCACCUAAAAAUUUGAAUUGUGUUGUCAGAAGUUUGUCGUGUAUCUGGUUGCGUUUCUUCAGGUGAAAUUCAGUUGUUAGCACAUGGGGAUUUGAAGGUCUGCGUCCUUCUGGAGCAGCAGCUUAAUGCUGGCCAGGACAUCAUGGCUCGCUCCCUAUGUCUCUGUCUCAGCGUUUCCAUGUGCUCUUAUCACAUGUGCUCUUCUUGGUGCAUAUACACAUGAAAGUUUAUAUUACUUUUUUUUUUUUGUGGUGAUGUUUGUAAACCUGAUGAAUGUGAGGCCACUAGCUAAUUUCACAAUUCAUUAAAAUGAAAAGAACUUCAUCUUGUGUUAUUUGGUCCAGUCUCUCAGCUGUAGGCUGAAGGUGACCAGUAUAGGCAACUUCUUAAAAGGAAUUUUGAUAUGUGAAAUCUUCUGUUUAGCAAAAAUUACUGAGCUGUAUUUCAAGAUAAGUAGAUAAGUAUGCGACUUCUUUUCUGGGAGUUUAGGUAAUCCAGAUGCAGCUUGUUUGCUCUCAUAGAGUUGCUUUACAGUCUAAGUUGUUCAGUUUUUCCCCUCCUGUUUGUCUGGGUUGAUCUUAAGGUCAUACAUCUUAAAUCAUUCCUUGCUUUCCCUCUUGAUAAUACAAUGCGAACGUUUUAGGAGCUCUAACUUGUGAGGCUUCAAAGCCCUCUAACCUCACAGAAUGAUGUGAAAUGUAUAAUACAUCAGUGCCUUUACAUGCAAGCCUCCAGGUACUCAAUUAUUACUGAAAUUACUAUUCUCCAUCAUCUGUAUUCAAGGGCUGUCCAUUUUGCUGGAGCUUUGCUUCUGAUUGAUUGUUACAGCUGAGCUAUGCAGGUCAACUGCCAUGCAAACACACAUCAUCUUUUACUGAGAGCUCUGAGAUCUGUUUCCGGUUUUAAUAAUGGAGUCUGAUGAGGCAGAAAUAAACUUGGUUUGGUCUGUAUUCAAAACAUCUGCAAAACAGUCUGCCUCUUCCUUUGUGAAGUGUGCUAAACCUCAGAAUCUGCUAUAGUGGCUGAUGAGUUCCUUUUGGGGGAGCUCGUUUAAGUACAUGUUGGAUAUAUAAGGAAGAUUGUUUGCAGAUAUCACCAGCGUUAAAAGGAACUGAAUAAUAUCUUCCCCUUUCUUCCCAGAAGCUCAAAUGAAAGAUAUUCUUCCUUUCCCUCUAAUGGCUUGUGAUUGGCUCUGCAUAAGAGAUUUUAAGGACAGAGAUGCUGUGCCCCAGCUCUUUGUAUAGAACUCCUGCUGGCAGCAUCAGGGAGCUUUAAUUACAGGAGGAUCAUGCCUUUGAUCUGCAUUCCACAGGUUAGGUAAUCCAGGAGCGGAUGCCUAGCACAGAUCGUGCAGAGAAUGUGGAGAGGAACUUUUAUCCAGUACUUUCAUAAGUAAUUGAAAAAAAAAUCCUAAAAGGUAAAAUAUUACAUUUAAUACAGAUUUGUAGUGUUUUGGACGAUUUAGAGUGUAUUCAAAACACCCUACCAUCCUCUAGGCUUUUGUUCCUUGUUAAAGAAUCAUGCCUUUAUGUGUCCAUUUAAGUUGUUCUUUAGGUCUGCUAAAUUAGUGAACUGUACCUGAGAGUGGAGAUCAAUGGAUUUCUUGCACUGAAAAGAGCUGGAGCUGUUUUGUCUUCUAAUCCUUAUGCCUCUCUGGUGGAAGUUUUCUUCAAAAGCAAACGUACUUGAAGUCAUGGGAUUGAAUAAAUGGCACAAUUCUGA